AUGAUUAUAUCGGAUGAAUGGGAUAUAUCGGUCACAGUGUUGUGUCUCAUAAUAGUUGUUGGUUUUGCACUAAUAUUUAGUUUAAUAUUUUGCUUAUAUCGUCGAUGCUAUCAUCGGUCACCAACUGAGCCGAUGGUUAUACACCAAGAAUUUAAUGGCAUCGACAAUGAAAACUUCAUGUUAGGACAUCUUAAUACAAAUCAAUCUAUUAAUCAGCACUCGUAUGGCAUCGGAGUCACAGAACCGACGGCCCCACCGGUUGAGGGCGUAUUCAUACCUCGAGCCACUCUCUUUGAAUAUAAUUUAAUCAAUGCAUCCAUUAUUGAUGAUCCGCCACCAGAUCAGGACAUCAUCGACAACAAGAACUUAGUGGACGAUUUGGGACCGAAAGUAAAGARCAGUUGUGAGACAUUGCCGUCUCGUAUAAAAGUGACAAAAGAAGAACACGAUCAGUUGGGAAAUGUCAUCCGUGUCUGCGAGGGAUCAAUCAUUGUCAACAAGUGUGAGGGCACCUGUUUCUCACAAUUAAAGCCCAGCAUAACUACAGCUACCGGUUUCCUCAAGGUAUUAAAGGAGUGUCUCUGUUGUCGUGAGUCUAAUAUGAAACCAAAAGAAGUUUAUUUGACUGAUUGUUUUGAUUUGGACGGAAACAAGUUGUCCGAUACUAUGACGGUGUCAAUGACGGAACCCGAAGAUUGUAGUUGUCAUAAAUGUGGUCAAUAA